AUGGAGGUGAAGCUGGUCUCGUCACGUUCCUUGAAACAUGAAACUCGUGGAUUUGAGGCCGACGAGGAUGAUGAGUGUGUGACACCACCCAUCACAGCACCACCCAUCACAGCACCACCCAUCACAGCACCACCCAUCACAGCACCACCCAUCACAGCACCACCCAUCACAGCACCACCCAUCACAGCACCACCCAUCACAGCACCACCCAUCACAGCACCACCCAUCACAGCACCACCCAUCACAGCACCACCCAUCACAGCACCACCCAUCACAGCACCACCCAUCACAGCACCACCCAUCACAGCACCACCCAUCACAGCACCACCCAUCACGCCACAACCCUCACAGCACCACCCAUCACAGCACCACCCAUCACAGCACCACCCAUCACAGCACCACCCAUCACAGCACCACCCAUCACAGCACCACCCAUCACAGCACCACCCAUCACAGCACCACCCAUCACAGCACCACCCAUCACAGCACCACACGCCCUUAGCGAUGGAGAUAUUAAUGAGCGCCUCUGUCCCCGCCACACCGCCCUGCCCACCAUAG